AUGAUUGCCGGAAUUUCGAAACUUAUCACUUUACACCUCGCACCUGUGCUCUCAUUGGUGUCCCUAAUCUUACUCUACAUCGCGUAUUUUGCCCCGGUCACGUCCUUGCAUACCGAAGUAUCUUUGGUCUCUCUUACCCCGGCCAUCACACUCGUAGCCCUCAACGCCAGGUCUCACUCGAUGGACGAACAAGAUCUGCGUGUGCUGUUCAACGGGCGGGUUGUCCCUCGGGGUCUCAUCGCGGAGCGUGCUCUAGCUUCAAGAGCAUCCCGACCCGUGGAUGGACCCAGCGUCUUCAUGGGUCUUUUGGGCUCCUGUGCUCGAACUUCGGACUCUGCGCCGACGCAUUGCACUGGAGAAUCCAUCACCCCCAUCUAUGAUCUUUCUGUGCUUCCCGACAACCACCCUCGAUUCCUCUCCAACCCGACAACCACUGCCCCUCAAUUCCUGCUUGCAUCAAUUAUCUUCCUCACUCUCUUCCUCAUCCUCCAUCUAAUCUUCUCACUCCCAGAACGACUCCCCACUACUCCAGCAGGAAUUGUCAAACUUGCUAGCCACUCGCUUGCAAUCCGCCUAUCGGCAUGGUUGGGUGUUCUCGGGCUCACGAUGGGGCUCUGCACCGUGAUCGCAUUGCGCAUUUGGAUGGGCAAAGCCGUCGAGGAUUUUAACCAGGAUAUUAUUGAUAUGGGCAAGGGUGGUCCUAAGCUGGUUGCUAACAUCGAGAAUGGGUUUACGAUGAUGUGGAUCGCGUUCUCCUUUGCAGCUCCGUCUAUUAUAUGCGCCUUGUUCCAGGUGCAAUUCGCUGCCGCGGCUGGAAAGGCCUGA